AGUGGAUACACAUCUGAGUCACCAUGGGCAAGAUGGACAACACCUCCGUGGAGCUGAACUCUCCCUCCGAGGUGAAGCAGGCAGCCCUGGAGGAGCCAGAGCCCAUCAGCCCUGAGGUUGUGGGCACCAAGAAGAAGAAGAAGGAGAUCCCAGACAGAGGUUCCUGGAAGGGGAAAUUUGACUUCUUGCUGUCCUGUGUGGGCUAUGCUAUUGGUCUGGGCAACGUCUGGCGCUUCCCCUAUCUCUGUGGCAAAAAUGGAGGAGGGGCCUUCCUCAUCCCCUAUUUCCUGACACUGGUGUUUGCUGGGAUUCCUCUCUUCCUGCUGGAAACUGCUCUGGGCCAGUAUACCUCAAUUGGUGGACUGGGAGUCUGGAGAUUGGCACCCAUGUUCAAAGGUGUGGGACUGGCAGCUAUGGUUCUGUCCUUCUGGCUGAACAUCUACUACAUUGUCAUCAUUGCCUGGGCUCUCUACUAUCUCUUCAACUCUUUCACUGCGGACCUGCCGUGGCAGAACUGUGGGAACGCCUGGAACACAGAGCGCUGCUUCUCCAACUACUCCCUGAACGACACCACCAACCUCACCAGUGCUGUCACCGAGUUCUGGGAGAGGAACAUGCACCAGAUGUCUGGAGGCCUGGGGGAGCCUGGCACCAUCCGCUGGCCCCUGGCUGGCACUCUGGCCCUGGCCUGGCUGCUGGUCUACUUCUCCAUCUGGAAGGGUGUGGAGUGGACAGGCAAGGUGGUGUAUUUCUCUGCUACCUACCCCUACUUCAUGCUUUUCAUCCUCUUGUUCCGGGGAGUCACACUGCCAGGAGCCAAGGAGGGGAUCCUCUUCUACCUCACACCUGACUUCAGGAAGCUCUCUGACUCUGAGGUCUGGAUGGAUGCAGCCACUCAGAUCUUCUUCUCCUACGGCCUGGGGCUGGGCUCCCUCAUUGCUCUGGGCAGCUACAACCAUUUCCACAACAAUGUCUACAGAGACUCCAUUAUUGUCUGUUGUAUAAACUCCACCACAAGCAUAUUUGCAGGAUUUGUUAUCUUCUCUAUAAUUGGCUUCAUGUCACACAUCACAAAGAAGUCGGUGUCAGAGCUGGCCUCCUCAGGCCCUGGACUGGCUUUCCUCGCCUACCCACAGGUUGUCACACAGUUGCCCUUGUCCCCACUCUGGUCAAUCCUCUUCUUCUCCAUGCUGAUGAUGCUGGGUCUGGACAGUCAGUUCUGCACUGUGGAAGGGUUCAUUACAGCCCUGAUGGAUGAGUAUCCUCGAGUCCUAAGAGCCAGGAAGAAGAUCUUCAUUGCAGUAGUCUGCUUCAUCUCUUAUCUCAUUGGAUUCUCCAACAUCACCCAGGGUGGCAUUUAUGUCUUCAAGCUGUUUGAUUACUACUCAGCCAGUGGCAUGUGUCUUCUUUUUCUUGUAUUCUUUGAGACUAUCUCAAUUUCUUGGUGUUAUGGUGUGAACAGGUUUUACAGGAACAUUGAAGAAAUGAUUGGCUACAAGCCUUGCAUCUGGUGGAAGAUCUGCUGGGCCUUCUUCACACCUCUUGUCUGCCUGGGUGUGUUCUUCUUCAGUGUGGUGGAAAUGACCCCUCUGACACUGGGGAAAUACGUGUAUCCUGCGUGGGGACAAGGCAUUGGCUGGCUCAUGGCCCUGUCCUCCAUGGUCCUGAUUCCAGGGUACAUGCUCUACUCUUUCUUCACCUCAACAGGGACUCUCCGGCAGCGCCUGCAGCAGAUGACACAGCCCAGGCCAGAGGUGCACGCUCAGAACAACGGCCUCCAGCCCAAGACAUCCUUGAACGGGAGGAUCUCGGAUGCUGCUGUGUAGGAGGGAAGCCUGAACUCCUCACCCUGCCCUGUAGCUGCUCACUCAACACUGUCCCUCCAGCUCCUCUGGCACAGCUUGCUGUUCCUGGCUCUGCUUGUCCAAGAGAGGACCUAGAGGAGGAACCUGUUCAUGGCUCUUCCUCCUGGUGUGGCUGACCAAGGCCCUGAACAAGCUCACCACCAGGGUGUUGUGCUGUGUUGUGACCACCUUCAUCCUGCAACAUCCUGGUCCAGGCCCUCAGGGAGGAGCACCUGGUGCCCACGUCUUCCUCCUCCUGAGAGAGGUGGUGUCUCUAGAGAGCUUAGGCUGAUUGUAAUCCACUUGUCUGUUUUUCUUGCCUUUCCAUGUGAAACUCCACAGAGCAUCCCCCAGUGCACAGCUGUGUUUCACCCCAGAGAGAUUGCUGUCACCAGGUUCAAAUCCCAGAUGGUUGUUGAUUGAUGGAGCAUACAACACCAGCAAAUACAUAACUGGAGGGGAUGUGCAGAACCAAGGAUUCUA